AUGGCUUCGAAACGGGCAGUUCGCAUUGUCUGCAGGGACAUCCGUCCUCCAAGCUCCACCCUGACGUCCCGAGUCACAGUCCUCUCCACAACUUCAACAACAUCACCAUUGCUCACCCGACCAACACACUCGACACUUUCUCGCCAUAGCAUACCAUCAAAUUUUUCACAAUGUCCGCAACGUCGGUUAUUCACCACUUCUCCGCGCCGGCAAUUCCCUGAACAAGAGGAAGAAGAUUCAGAACUCGCCGAGUACCUUUCACAACCUCGAGAAUCCGAUGUUGUUGACGUUUGCAUUGUCGGCGGUGGUCCUGCAGGUCUUGCUGCUGCCAUUCGUCUAAAACAAUUGGCCAAUGAGGCUGGAAAUGAGGACUUCCGUGUGCUUCUGCUUGAAAAAGCGGGCGAUAUGGGUGCACAUACGGUCUCUGGGGCUGUUAUUGAACCACAUGUUCUCGACGAACUCUUCCCGGAUUGGCUGUCUGAGGAUAACCCGAAUAAGUUUACUUGGGCGACGAAGUGCACGGGAGAUAAGAUGAGAUUUCUGACAAAGACUAUGGCAAUUCCACUACCUGAACCGCCACAGAUGAGGAAUCAUGGGAAUUAUAUCGUCAGUUUAAACGAAUUGGUCAAAUGGCUAGCGGAGCGUGCAGAAGAAUUGGGCGUGGAAGUAUUCCCAGGCUUUGCAGCUUCGGAGGUUCUUUAUAAUGAGGAUGGAUCGGUGAAGGGCGUUGCUACUAAUGAUUUGGGUAUUGGGAGAGAUGGGAAACCGAAGGAUUCUUUCGAGCGAGGGAUGGAGUUUCACGCUAGAGUUACACUCUUCGGAGAAGGCUGUCAUGGAAGUUUAACGAAGAAGCUGUGCAAGAAAUUUGAUUUGAGGAAGGAUUCAGAUCCACAGACGUAUGGUUUGGGUGUGAAGGAAGUAUGGGAGAUCCAACCAGAGAAAUUCAAGAAGGGAGAAGUGGUUCAUAGCAUGGGAUGGCCUUUACCGAAAGAUACGUACGGUGGAGCUUGGAUGUAUCAUUUCGGGGAGAACAUGGUCAGUAUAGGGUUGGUGGUAGGCUUGGAUUAUCCAAAUCCAUAUCUUUCGCCGUUUCAAGAGUUCCAACGGAUGAAGCACCACCCUUUGUUUAAGAAUGUACUUGAGGGCGGUACAUGCAUCUCUUACGCUGCGAGGGCACUCAACGAAGGUGGCUUUCAGUCUAUACCCGAACUUAUCUUCCCUGGUGGCGCUUUAAUCGGUGACACGGCUGGCUUUUUAAAUCUUCCAAAGAUUAAAGGGACGCAUACAUCCAUGAAAUCUGGCGUUCUCGCCGCUGAAGCAGCAUACUCCGCUCUUACCGAGUCAAAUGACUCAGAAGGUGCCGUAAUGCUUUACUCGUACAAAGAAGCCAUCAAGAACUCUUCGAUAUACAAAGAACUCAAGGAGGUUAGAAACAUGCGUCCGGCCUUCCACACACCGCUCGGUCUGUAUGGUGGAGUAAUGUACUCCGGAAUCGAAGCAUUUGUCUUCAGAGGCAAAGUCCCAUGGACUUUUCACCACCCCGGGCCCGACUGGGCAGGGACUAAACCCGCCGCUGAUUGCAAGAAGAUUGAGUACCCUAAGCCUGAUGGGAAAAUCAGCUUUGAUAUCUUGACGUCUGUCAGCCGAACUGGAACAAAUCACGAAGAAGACCAACCAGUUCAUUUACAAGUAAAGAACUGGGAUAAGCAUGCAGAAAAAGAAUGGCCGAAGUUCAAAGGUGUAGAAAAUAGGUUCUGUCCAGCAGGUGUAUACGAAUAUGUUGAGGAUGAGACAAAGGACAUCGGAGUCCGAUUUCAAAUUAACGCACAAAAUUGCAUUCACUGCAAAACCUGUGAUAUCAAGGCACCUUCCCAAGAUAUCAACUGGCAAACUCCUCAGGGUGGCGAAGGACCUAAAUACUCGCUCACAUAA